AUGUCUUCGAGCAUGGAUGAAGAAAGCGAUUCACAUAAAAUUAAUGACGUUUUCAGCGAUAGUGACGACUCUGCUGAAUUAGACGUGUCCGGCAUUUCACAUAUAGUACGUUCUCGGCCAGCUGAAGUUUCAGCCUCAAACUAUUUUCGGGUUUUUCAGAAUGUAGCUCACGUUCCUGAAAAGGUAGAAAAGAUUACGCCUCCUUCGACUUCCGGCUGCCUUUGGAAUACAAGAGGUGCCCUAUUCACAGGAAAAAUAUUCCGAAGCCGAAGAGUUGGCCCAGUUGGCAGAGAAAAAACGUUUAAGCAGAGCGGAAGCUCUAAUUCGUUGGAGAUGGAAGCGAGACAAGGACGGGAAUCUGGUACUUACUUAUCGAAGCAUGAUCAUAAGAUCCGCGAUGGUACAGGAAAGCCCGUGAGAGAAUCCAACGCUCGCAUUGUUCGUUGGUCGGACGGAACGUACCAACUAUACAUAGGAAGUGAAAAUGUAAUCGAUCUCCAGCUAAAAGACAACACGGAGAACCAUCAGUAUGUUGCAUCGAUCAAUAAAGCCGAAAACACCGAAACAGAAAACGAAGAGAGCUUCCUGCAGCUGCAGAGCCACUUGGAUUCGCGCGUGGUGUUCGUGCCAAAGAAAUUGGCGCCCGUGCCGAAGGAAGUGAUGCAGCAGUCGAGCGAGGGACUGAAUUAUUUGAUGAACGCGCCGGCGAAGACGCGGUCGACGAAGGAACGGAGACAGCGAACGCGGAACCACGCGGUGCAUUCGGGCGGAUUGAGUCGAGACUUUAUUACGGGGAAUGGGUACGAAGAUGAAGAGGACGAUGAAGGAAAUCUGUCGAAGAUUAAGGCGAGCGCGAAGAGAGGCGACUGGAAUGGAAUGGGUGCGGAUUGA